AUGGGAAAACUUGAUAAAGUUAUGCUUGACGAAAGAUUAAAGCAAAUCUCAAAAUAUAAUGCGAAAAUUUAUAAUUGGCAUAAAACUGUGUGUAAUACUUCAGAAUUAUAUUUCGAACCAGAAUCUGAAGAUGAUAUCGUAAAGAUAAUUGAACUCGCCAAGAAGAAUAAAAGGAAUGUUAGAGCGAUUGGAAUGCUUCAUUCACCUUCAGAUCUGCCAUUUUCUGAUGGGUAUAUAAUUAGUAUGAAGAAAUUAAACAGAGUCAUAGAGGUAGACGUCGAUCUGGAAGCAAAAACUGUGACUGUAGAAGCUGGAAUUGAAAUAACGCAAUUAAAUGAAGAACUUUCAAAACAUGGAUUGGCAUUGAGUAAUUUGUGUGCUAUUUCUGACUUGACUAUUGGUGGAGCGAUUUCUACUGCAACUCAUGGAACUGGAAUUAACUUUGGAUGCCUUAGCGCGCAGAUUAAGUCUCUAACAUUGUUUACCGACUCUCGCGGUAAAAUGCAUUGUUCAGAAACCAUGAAUUCGGAUAUUUUUAAAGCUGCUUUAUGUAGUUUAGGAGCAUUGGGGAUCAUCACACAAGUUACGAUUCAAUGUGAAACUGCGUUUCUUCUUGAAGCGAAUCAAACGCCGGCAAAAUUAGACCACAUUCUGGAUAAUCUGGAUUCUAUUGUUCAUUCGGCUGAACAUGUUAGGUUUUGGUGGUUUCCACAUACUGAUGAUUGUAUUACUUGGAAAGCAAAUCGCACAAACAAAAAACCAUCACCACAAAAAUUAUCUUACAUUAAUGAUACCUUGUUCGGAUUUCAUCUUCUUCAGUUGAUACUUUAUUUAUCCCGUUUCCGAUCAUCCAUAGUUCCAAAAAUUAAUCAAUUAAUAUUCUCGUUUAAAUUCUCCAAACCCAUUCAUUUUAUUGACGAUUCUUAUAAAGUUUUUUGCUUUGAUUGUUUAUUUUCACAGUAUGUGAAUGAAUGGGCAAUACCAAUAGAAAAAGCAAAAUACGCUAUAAGAGAUUUAAAGAGAUGGGUAGAAACGAGCGAAGUUAGUGCGCAUUAUCCAGUUGAAAUUAGAUUUGUUGAUCAAGAUGAUAUUUGGUUGAGUCCAUCUUAUGGUAGAAAAGCGCAUACAAUGUUCCGAUCUGAACUUGAAAAGGCGUAUCCAAAAUUUCAGUCAUUUAUAGAACUUCAAAAACAAUUAGAUCCCACUGGAUUAUUUUUAAAUCCUUAUUUAAAGAGACAUUUGUUUGGAGAAAACGUUGAUGUAAAAAAUCUUAAGUCGAAAUUGUGA